CUGCAAGGGAAGUCGGAAUUUGUGUGAGCGCAAAGACAAGUUGCCAAAAAGUUCCACCAAGAUUUCUCUCUGUGAGACGAAAUACUUCCAAAGAAGAUCGCUCAAACCAAAGAUGAAGUCAUCUACGUCCUCAGCGGCCCUGCUAGUGGCUAUCACUCUCUUGGCCGUUACAGACCAGUGCACGGGUCAGGUUGGAGACCUACACCAGUUCCAGGGGACCGUUCGGGGGUUUCCCUGUCUCUUCUGCAGGAGCAGUCCUAACGGUGGCGGCGCUGACGCAUGCGCAGAAGGUUCCGUCAACGAGACCACCGACUGCCGCGUUGGGGAACAGUGCUUUAUGGAGGUGAUUCGAUCGGAGUCCGGUGAUGUUCAGAUCGAGCGAGGCUGCCGUGCCCCGUGCCGCUCCCUCACGGGAGCGUGCUCGGACCUCUUCUCCCCCGGAACCUGCACCCUGUGCUGCUCGGAGCGCAUCAACGGCAGCUGCAAUGCCUGGCGCUACGGGGAGGGUGUAGGGGGCGCUGCUCUGACGGCAUCGGACGUUCUCUUGACACUCACAGGCCUGGCGGCCAUCUUUACAGCCUUGCAUUGUAUUUCAGCUUGAUACUGUGUCCGCUGACGUUUCUGUUAGAUAACAAAGUGCUUUGUAGUAACUAAGAGUUUGAUUCAAGACGUUUCAUUGACCGUUUGUCACCUUCCUAAUAGGUGACAAAUUUUGACUUUUUUUUUUUUGCUGAAAAAGAUGCGGUCCCAAACGUAAACACCACAUGAACAACCUAUUCAUGUCCAUGUCAAUACUUUAUGUUUGGGACCGCAUUUGUUAGCAGCGACACCUAUCUGCAGUGCAUAAUAGAAUUGAUCAGAAAUGCUCUGUAGAAGGUUUGUCUUGAAUAAAAUACAUGAUUGUAUAAAAAGAACGUUGUUUUUCAGUGACUUACCAACCUGAUUAAACUAUUCACGGAUGCCAUUAGUAUUUUUUGGCGAGGCCUCAGGGGGUUAGCCUCAUAGUUCUACGUCUAAUAGAGUGAGACAAAUUUGGUCACAGACCUACUAAUGUGACAUGCACAUUUUGAAAAAACAAUGUUUUACGUAUACGUACAGCACAGUGUCGCUGAAAUGUAGUUGAUAAACUGAAUGCUGAAAUGUACUGUUGAAAGGUGAAGUAGGAACUAAGAACCGUCGCAUUUGUCUGCCAUACUGUCAUAAGUUCAUGAUUUCAAGAAAUCCUAUCCAUCUGUAAGAACAUUUUGUCAACUAUGACUUUCCUGCACAAUAAUAGCUUGCAUAAGUGUUAGAAUCCUUUUAUGAUGAGUUCAAACUUCUAGUGAAAACUAAGAAACAUACGUUGAAGCAUGUAUCAAUCAAGAUAUACUCUGGUUCAGAAAAGUUGAGAAUGGGAAGUGAAUACAACAUUACUACAACAUGUGAUACAUAAUUUAUGUACAUCGAUAGUUGUUUCUUUCAACUAAAUAAAUAGUAAUAGCAAUGUUGAUGUCGUGGUGCUUAGCGAGUUCACGCCCCCCUCUCUCUCUGUGUUUUGUGUGAUGUAUAGAAAGAGCGAGUUUGACCAAUCUUUGUGAGUCAAUAUUUUCUUCUUGUUGUCAUUUUCUUUUUUUACAUACAACACUAUUCGCGGAAUAUGCUGACAUUACACUAUUCACACUAUACUCUAUCCGAUCCUCACUAGUAUAGUAGGUGAAGUAACGUUAAAGGGAUCAUACUAAACUUACUCUCAGAUCAAUACUAUGUACAUUUCUUAAUAUGCUUUUACAUCAAGUACUUAAUGAAAUGUCUGCUGUCUGUGGCCUGAAGUAGACAUACACAAGAUAUUGCUUUCGUUCAUCUUUUUGUCUAUUCUUGUUUUCUUUGACUAGCAUAUAACAACCCAGUAACUUUGCACUGCUUUACAGUGGUAAUACAUAAACACAUUACAAGUAAGAGAAAAUAAAUAAGCCCACAAAACUAAUUUAUAUACAACCAAGCGUCAAAUACAAAUCGCAUACUAAUCUAAAAUAUUGUUCCAACAAGGCCUUAGAUAUACUUCUGUCCACGUCUGUAUGAAUUGGCUUACCAUGUUUGUUCGUUUGGCGUGAACUUGAGCCUAGAUAAUGUUACCGAUAACCUCUGUGGGUCGGCUGCAGUUCAAAUGACCUUCAAUGGGAGUCAAAUAACUUGGCUUUUAAAGGAGAACGAUCCGCAAAUUUAAGCUCAUUUUCACAUACAUCAUAGUAUGAAGACUGUACCUUGAAGUCACACAUGUUCUAUUUCGUACU